UGUUCCUGAAAGACCUUUAAGAAUACUACUAACCUCACUGAUGAAACCGCAAAGUUGAGCAUAACAUCAAACAAGAACGAUGGAUGAUUCCAAGAUUCAUGAACUGAAGCUCUUCGUAGAAAGCUGUCAAUCAGACCCUUCAAUUCUCCACAACCCAUCACUAGGCUUCUUCAAAACCUUUCUCCAGAGUCUUGGCGCCAAAAUCCCACCUGCCUCAACACCGGGUGCUGAAAAUGGACACACGUCCAACGAGGAUAUUGUUGAGUCUGACCUGGAGUUAGAUGAUUCUGAUGUCGUAAAACCUGACGAUGACCCUCCACAAAAGAUGGGAGAUCUCUCAAUUGAAGUUAGUGAUGAAAGCCGUGAUCUUGCACAAAGUUUGAAGUCAAAGGCUAUUGAGGCAAUCUCUGAAGGUAAUCUGGAUGAAGCUAUAGAUCACCUAACUGAAGCUAUAACACUAAAUCCAAGUUCAGCCAUAUUAUAUGCAACGAGAGCUAGUGUAUAUGUGAAACAAAAAAAACCAAAUGCUGCAAUCCGAGAUGCUGAUGCAGCUUUAAAGAUCAAUGCUGACUCAGCAAAAGGCUAUAAAACGCGUGGGAUGGCAAGGGCUAUGCUUGGUCAUUGGGAAGAUGCAGCACAUGAUUUGGGUCUAGCAUCGAAUUUGGAUCAUGAUGAGGAAAUUGGGUCAACCCUUAAAAAGAUUGAACCUAAUGUUCACAAGAUCAGAGAGCAUCGGAGGAAGUAUGAACGAUUAAGGAAAGAGAAGAAAGUUAGAGCAACUGAGCAUGCAAAGCAAAAAACGAAAGCGGAAACCGAGGAUGUGAAGGCUUCGACUCAAACAUAUGGUGAAGUGGUUAGCAUUUGUAAAGCUAGCGAGUUGGAAACAAGGUUGACCGCUUCAUCAAAGUCAAACCAACUAGCCAUUUUGUACUUCACGGCUACAUGGUGUGGGCCCUGCCGGUUCAUGGCUCCUCUCUAUACAAGCUUGGCGUCCAAGUACCCAAAAGUAGUGUUCUUGAAAAUCGACAUUGAUGAAGCGAGUGAUGUGGCCGCAAAGUGGAGUAUUAGCAGCGUGCCAACGUUCUUUUUCACUAAAAAUGGAAAGGAAAUUGAUAAAGUUGUCGGGGCAGAUAAAUCUUCACUUGAAAACAAACUCGCCAAGUAUGCUUCAUAAGCUAAGGUUCCUAAAUUUUGGACCAACCGUUGUGUUCUUUUUAACCUUUGUUUUAAAAGUAUGUUGUCAUUGUGUAACACCAGAGGUUCUGGGUUAACUCUAUUGUCGACGCUUGCCAGGUCCUUUUUAAUGGAAAAACAGGUUAUGUCGUGUGUGACAUGUCCUUGUUUAGAAAGGGUAAAA